UUUUACCAAACUCCCGAAGGAGGAGAACAGCACAGCAUUUGAAAUUACGAGAAUAACAGCUCUCUUCCUCACCGAGACUACAUAAGCAUACUCCAUGUAACAGAUCCCAAUUGCAUAUCAUAUUCCAUCAAUGGCGAAGCAAUAAUCCGAAACUUCUCUUGAAGCUCCACUAUGGAAAGCAGAAAAAGCUCUCAAAUCAACAACAAUGGCGGCGUUGUUUCAUCGCCACCACCUUCAAACCAAAGACCUGAAAAAUUCGCAGUAUAUCGAAACCCAGCUCUUUCUGCCGCCCUUACAACCUCUACUGCUCGCCCUUCUUUCUCUUCUUUGCUUUUCCUGUUCGUUCUCUCAUCUGCUUCUGCAUUUGCCUUCUUUGCCUUUUCUUCCAGUUCCAGUGUCAUUGACAAGUUUGAAGGCAGAAAUGUUUCUGAGGAGAUAGCUUACUUAUUGGUCAAAUUAGCCAAGAUUGUGGCAGUUUUAGCUUUCAUGGGAUCUUCUGCAGCGCUAAUCAAAGCUAUUACCCUUACGAGAGCUAAAACUGGUGCUGGUGUUGUAGUCACAACUUCGUCUUCUGGGACCAAGAUUGAAACCUGUCUUUCAGAUCGUCAAUUGCAUCUCCUUGGACUGAAGAAGUCAGACAAGGUCGUACUAGAGGCGUCUGGAAAACCACCAGUCUCUAAAUCACGAGCACCGACAACUCCUUUAGACCCCCUUUACCCACUUCACCAGCAAGCCACCAGUUCAAGUCGUCCAUCGCGAGUUGGUUCUGAAAAAUCCUGUGCUGCUGCUAAAAGUAAAGUUUUUGUUCCUUCAAAAUCAUCAAAUUCUCCAACUUCCCAUGCUGUGUCACCUAUCUCACCCCAGCUAUCAUCAUCCAAGACCUCUAAUGGUUUGGAUCAGUUGGUAUCUACACCUUGGUCAAAGAAGCGAGCUUCUCCUGCUAAAGAAAUUCUAACAGAAGAUGAACUCGAGCAUUUUCUGGCAGACAUGGACAAGGAAAUCACUGAAACAGCUGAGAAAUUGACAACUCCUCCAACCAGGACUGGGUUCAGCAUAAGUAGUCCAAGUACAAUUUCAGGUUCAGCUAAUACAUCUGGAACAACGAGAACAACACCUUUGAGGCCUGUUCGGAUGUCACCUAGUUCGCAGAAGUUCAAGACACCUCCAAAGAAAGGAGAAAGUGAUAUUCCAACUCCUAUGUCAAUGGAAGAGUCAAUUGAAGCUCUUGAGUAUCUAGGCAUCUACCCGCAGAUUGAGGAGUGGCGAGACCGUUUGCGGCAAUGGUUUUCCUCUGUUUUACUGUGUCCUCUGCUAAGUAAAAUUGAAAAUAGUCAUAAUAAGGUAAUGCAAGCUGCUGCUAAAUUAGGGAUAUCAGUUACAGUGACUUCGGUGGGCAGUAAUGCUUCUGAUACUGGAGCUUUUAGCAUGUCUUCAGUGGACCGUGCAAAGGAGUGGCAGUCAGCAUUAUCUCAAGAUGAAGAUGGGCUUCUUCACCAGCUACGGGCUUACCUUGUGCAAGCUUUAGAUGCAGCCACCCAGCAGUCAAGUUUGGCCAAUCAGCAGCAAUCCCUGCAGCAGAGUUCAUAUCUUCCUAUCAUACAGGAGUGCGUGGAUGCCAUCACAGAACACCAGAAGCUGCUGGCUUUGACAAAGGGAGAGUUAAUCAAGGGCCUGUUACCACAAAGUAGUAUUCCAGCUGAAUAUACAGUCCGGAGAAUCAAGGAAUUGGCUGAAGGAACUUGCUUGAAAAAUUAUGAGUACAAACAAAAAGAAGAGGCUUCGGAUAAAGCCAAGAAUAAGUGGACUCUUGAGCUUCCAUCUGACUCACAUUUGCUGCUGUAUCUUUUCUGUGCUUUCCUGGAGUAUCCUAAAUGGAUGCUACAUGUUGAUCCUUCUUAUUCUGGAGCUCUGUCUAGCAAGAAUCCUUUAUUUCUGGGUGUUCUUCCUCCUAAAGAAAGGUUCCCAGAAAAGUAUAUAGCUGUAUUAUCAGUUGUUCCCUCAACUCUUCAUCCUGGAGCCAGUGUCCUAGUUAUUGGAAGACAAUCUCCUCCAGUGUUUGUGAUGUAUUGGGAUAAGAAGUUGCAGUUCUGUCUUCAGGGAAGAACUGCUCUAUGGGAUUCCGUCUUGCUUCUAUGUCACAGGAUAAAAGCUUCCUAUGGUGGGCUUGUUCGUGGUAUUCACCUCAGCUCCACUGCAUUGAGCAUCCAGCCUCUUCUAGAAUCUGUCGAAGACGAUUGAAUUUUCCGAGCAUCCUUAUUCAAUGUUUAUGGUGCAUCUAUUCUCGAGCUUUUUCAUAAACAGGUGAUGAUGGAUGUUGAGGAUUAGUUUAGGCAUUGUGACGAAGUUAUUGUUCCAAGCGUAACAAUUUCGUAUGACAAUGAUGCAAAGUUUACAUCUGUGCCAAUUUUGUACUGUGGAGAUGUAUACACUAAAUUAGGCAUAUUGAUGGGAAUUUGCUAAAUUUGGCUCAC